AAUCAUUCGUGUAGUAAUCGUGGAAUAUCAUUUUAAAUGUUAAUGAUUUGCAGGAUCUUUGUAUUAUACUUCAUUAUUGAAUUGAUUUCAUCACAACCGGAACCAGUUUACAUAAGCGAUGAUACUAAAGAUGUAUUCAUUCAACCUGAAACUAAUAUAACAUCACUUAGUCCGAUUAGGCUUCUAAUACUAUCAUUAGACGAGGUUAAAGUAAUGAGAUCAAUGGUUGACAAUUUGAUUACCAAACUAAAUAUUAUAUCAUCUUCAAGUUCAGCUAAUAAGCCUCUACAUAAUGGAUUAUUAUCAAAUCUUUGCAUUAUUUCUUAUAUUAUUCUAACACUUAUAUUAAUAUUUAGAAAAUACUGAUGAUACUACUAUCAAAGAUGUUUAUAAUUAUGAAUAAUUUCAAAAUACACAUAUACAUUACGAAUGAGUUUUUUGUUAUUGUGAUUGAACUACUUAUAUCCAUUAAAGUAGUAUAUAAAUGAUAGUCAGAAAUAGAAUGUAUUACAGUUGAAAGUCGUUAAAGGACAGAAAUGGGGACAGAAAGUAAUUGGUAUGACGAUGGGCUGAUAUUUGCAAAUGGAACAGUCAAGUUUGAGACAAUGGACUGAUAUUUUGGCAAAUGAAGUAUUUACUGUAUGGUUUUUAGAUUUUACUGAGAUAUUCUGUAAUUUCGUGUUCAAAUAUACUCGAUUGUCCCCAGUUAUGUUCUUGAUCAGUAGAUUUUGUGUCGUUGCCAACCAGGAGGGGGAAGGGUGCUGUUCUGCGGAUCUUGAUGUGAGCCUGGAACUUUUGAACUUGUUAUAAGUGUGGUUUGUGCCACUUAUAUCGACAUAAGUAGUACAUGAUUGUAGUCAGGAACAGAAUGUAUUUCAGUAGGUUGUAAAAGGGCGGGAACGGGAACAGAAAGCGAUUGGUAUGGGAAUGCAGGAGUAAUGAAGUCUGG